AUGGCAUCCCACACUCUCCCUCCCCUUCCAUAUGGCUACGAUGCCCUUGAGCCCGUGAUCUCAAAGCAAAUCAUGGAGCUCCACCAUCAGAAGCAUCACCAAACCUACGUCAAUAACCUCAACGCCGCCCUUACAGCUCACGCUACCGCAACACAGACAAAUGAUGUCUCGGCUUUGAUCUCUCUGCAGCAGAAGAUCCGCUUUAACGGUGGUGGUCACAUUAACCACUCCCUUUUCUGGAAAAACCUCACUCCACCUGGCACGCCCGGAAACGAUCUUGCCAGUGCGGCGCCGGCUCUACGGGAAGCUAUUAAUGCCCGUUGGGGAUCGGAGAAGGGAUUCACUGAUGCGUUUGGAGCCGCUCUGCUUGGAAUUCAAGGAAGUGGAUGGGGAUGGCUGGUCAGUUCUGGAGGUCCGAAAGGACGGUUGGAGAUUACUACGACCAAGGAUCAGGACCCGGUGACGGGAGGCGAUGUUCCGGUUUUUGGUGUUGAUAUGUGGGAGCAUGCUUAUUACCUUCAGUAUCUUAACAACAAGGCUGGAUACAUUGAGGGUAUCUGGAAGAUCAUCAACUGGGCUGAGGCCGAGAAGCGAUACACUGCUGGCGUGGAGAAUCCCGUUAAACUGUGA